AUGGAUACAGCAGAACCAAGUACAAUUGAUUAUUAUAAUAUGCCGCCACCUUCAUAUAAUGAUGCUGUUACAAUGAAUCCUGUUGUAUAUGCUUAUUAUCUGCCGCCUCCAAAUUAUCACGAAGUAAUUGCAGGAUAUAUUAAUACUAGGCCUACACUCGUUGGCGCAAUGGAAAAUCAGUUUAAUCCAAACCCUAAUGCACCCAGAAAUACCCCAAAUAGUUUUCGUUUUGACACGGACUAUGGAUACGAUGGAGACAUGGACAAGAAUUCAGUUAUAUUCAAUGGGCAUGAAUAUUUUGACCUGUCUGCUAUCUUUGUCUUGGUAAUAUACAAUCUACCGCUGUACGUUAUUGGACCAUUUAUUUAUUCUGGACUAUUUGACCACAUUGCAAAGGUGCUUAUUGGAGGGAGUAUUGGGUUCCCAAAUGGCUUGGAGUCAGAGGAUAAAUACAUUGCACUUUCGUACGGUACAUUAAUCGUGUGCUUCCAAAUUAUUAAGUCAAUUGUUUAUUUCCUUUUUGGGAGAUUCAGUUAUUUAAAGGCAUUUUCAAGCAAGCUUCAUCUUACUGUGAAUAUGUCAGUGGGAAUGAGCCUAGUUAUAUUCUUCUUGAAUAUUUCUAUGCUUAGAAUGAGCUAUGUUUUAAUUGGGCUCUGCACAGGAUUUAAAAUUGGCUUUAUAUCAGGGUAUCUAGUAGACCUAGAAUACGCAAUGAUUCUAUUUGUAUACUUAUUCAUGUGUGUGCACUGUGCCCAGAGCAUGUUUAAAUUUGUCAGUAGAUGGGAUGGAGUUUAUUACAGAACAACUGAAUUUUUCAGUGACUCUACCCUCUACCAAAUAAGAGUAUACAUCCUUUUCUCUUUAUUCCUGUGUAUCCUGUGGCUAUUAGGCUGUUCUACAUUGAUUUAUGACGUAGCAUUGAAUAUUGUCCAGUUAUUGGGCUCUUUACAGAACAAGCACAGAGUGUAA